AUGGCGAGUUUCCCCAGUCUGCAGAAAAUCCCCGAUAUCAGAGCCCAUCACUUCGAGAAACCGGGCAAGAAGAUAUACGACGGGGCCGACGUCUCUUUCUUUCUCACCUCCCUCGCCUACCGCGAUGUUAUGACAUUCAUGCUUCAACUUAACAGAUCGGUUGUGCCACGCAAAAGCCACGUCGGCGAAGCAGCCACAACCUCAGCCUGGUUGUUGAACGCUGAGGACAUUACCUUUUCAGACGCAGUUUUUAGAUUACGUGCUCUACUGGACAAACUAUCGCGCCUUAUUGAUGAUGUCCCGCCGGACACUGGUCCGACUAGAUUCGGCAACAUCAGCUUCCGCAAGUGGUACAAGAUCGUUGAAGACAGGAUCGACGAACUGCUGGCCGAGGUUCUACCCGAACAGAUCAAGCCAGCGUCGGAGGAAAUAGCAGCGUACUUGCUGGGCUCAUUCGGUAGCGCACAGAGGCUCGACUAUGGCACAGGUCAUGAGCUCAGCUUUCUGGCAUUUUUGGCGUGCCUGUGGAAACUGGACUUCUUUCCCCCUUCGGAACCCGGUGUGGAGGAAAGAGGCAUCGUCCUCGGCGUUUUCGAACAGUAUCUUUCUGUUAUCCGCAAACUGAUCAAGGUCUACAACCUGGAACCGGCCGGGUCGCAUGGGGUAUGGGGUCUCGACGACAAUUCGUUCCUACCGUACAUCUUCGGCUCCGCCCAACUAUGUCCCCCCAUUGAUGAGACCGACGAGACGCCCAUAGAAGGGUCCCUCGUCAACGCGCCCGAACCGUCCUCCGUGACCAAGCAGAACCUAGUGGACAAGGAGAAAGACUCAAACAUGUACUUUUCUGCCAUCGCCUUUAUCUACGACGUCAAGAAGGGCCCCUUUUGGGAACACAGCCCCAUGCUCUACGACAUAUCCGGCAUCAAGGACGGCUGGGGCAAGAUCAACAAGGGCAUGAUCAAGAUGUACAACGCCGAAGUGCUGUCCAAGUUUCCCGUAGUCCAGCACUUCCCAUUUGGAUCUCUCUUCAAGUGGGAAAAAGACCCUCAAGCAAAAGAGCUGCCACCCUCGACACAUACUCAGAGCCAACCACUUCGGAACCCAACCGACACUCAUGCGCCGAGUACCAUGCGGCUGAGCGGCCCGGUGAUCGGCACAACGGCUGCUCCUUGGGCUGGCAAGCCUCCAGCAGCCCCAAUUGGGUUUGCCAACGGAGUCACGCAAGCGCCGUGGGCAAGUCGAACGCCAGCACCACCUCUACCUCGAGGGGGCUUUGCAGCGGCGCGACGACAACCGAUGCCUUCCGUGAAUGAGACUGGCAGGAAGCCCACCCAACGGCCUUUAGACGAGCAGAAAUGA